AUGAAAAUUUUUUUUGCUUUGUUUGGGAAGACUGGGGUUGUAAAAUUGAUAAAUUAAAUACAUGGUUUAAAUAUAAUUUUAACAAAAGUAUAGGAUGUAAUCAGUAAAUUAUCAAACCAGUAGUUUUUAUACUCACAAAACGCGUCGUUACGUCAGAGACGAAGAAGAAGUGAAGAGUCCGAAUCUUUCGUCAAAGUAGAUCCGAAUCCUAGUUUGAUCUUGAUCUUCCCGGCGAGCUAACCAAAAUUCCGUGAAUGGCGUCAAGGAGAAGUGUACGGUAUGCACAGCUUCCAGGAGAUGAAGAUGAUGAAGGUUAUGGAAAUGGUGUUGGUGGAAGGAGAGAUUUCGAUCCUCGUUUCGAUUAUACACCAAAAGCAUUUGAUAGAGUACCAUGGAAAUCAAUAGCAUUAGCUGUGUUUCUUCUGCUCCUUGGUUGUUUGCUUCUUCUUUUGUCGUUUUUUAUCUUUAUUGGUCACAUGGAAGGAGAUAGCUCUCAAGGUUAUGCUCUUCUUGUUCUUGGGAUCCUUACUUUUCUCCCUGGUUUCUACGAGACCCGGAUUGCUUACUACUCAUGGAGAGGAGCUGAAGGGUACCGUUUCGCUGCAAUUCCCUCUUACUGAACUCAAGUAACUCGAGAAGUAAAGAAUAUUGUGCAUAGAAAAGUUUUAGUGGUCGUAAUCCAAAAAGUACUACUAUACUUGAGCUGUUUCAUGAAUCUACUGUGUAGAAUCUCCUCUAGUUGAGUUCUGACAGAUAAAAGCUUGGAUUAUAGAGAUACUACACAUAGAUUUUGUUAUAUUUUGUUGAUCCAUUUUGUGAAUCUUGUUUAACUUCGUUUGUUAUCAAAAUAUGUAUGUCUUUUAGGACUGGGUUUUUCAAAAAAAAAGUUAAGUUCAUAACAAAA